CAGAGAUACACAGAGCCGAGAGAAAGAAAGAAAGCACACGCUCUUUCUACUUUCUUCUCUCUAAGGCUAAGCCUGUUUCCUUACAGUUUGUUUGUGUUGGGUCUGGGUUUCUUUGAUUGCAAACCUAAUAGAAGGUUUGAUUGUGAGGGAUUAGUGGGUUGUUUGAGUAAGCUCAAUAGACAUGAAGAACUGGAGGAAUUCAGUUGAGAACAACCAAGGAGGAUUGAGAACAAACGAGAGAAAUUUAGUGGCUGAGAUGAUUGAGAUGAGAAAAGCUCGGACUGCGUUUAUGGUGGAGAAAUGUCGAAACAGGAAUGAAGCAGUCAUGUGUCCCAAACCACAGAGGCAAAAUAUAAGGCCUUGUGGGGGGGAGUUUGCCGACCAAAACAUAGCAGGUCAGCUUUCACAUAUCUUUGCGGGCAAGCAGGCAUCACCGCCAUUUUACUUGGGUUCUCCUCCUAUCCGUUCUAGUAACCCUGUAACCCAAGAUGCCCGUUUCCGUGAACAGAGGGGUCAAGCAAACACUAUUCGUGAUUUUUGUAUAAAAAGUUCAGAAGUUGAUCGGAUGUGAGGCAUCACAACUAUGGCCUGAAACAAUUUUCCCACGCAUCCACCACACCUACGUAUUAUCUGUAUCAAGUGAGCUUAUUCGGUUUUUGCAACUACGAAACUAUAGGAUUCAAUUAUCAUAUAUAAAGUUUAAUUUCUUCAAGUUAGUUUACCUUCCUUCAAAACUUUGGUUUUGUUAAGAAAUUGUCAUGUAAAUCCUGUAGUUUUUCAGGCCCUUAUUAUAAACUUAGUUUAAUGAAUUAGAAACAAAAAGUUUCUGAUCUGAGAAUGGUUGAUGAAUAAA